ACCCUGGGAGGCAUGAGGAGUCCUCCUCACACUUUCCUGAUGAGGAGAGAGGCUUAGGGGCCUGGGCAGGCCUGAGGGCACAGAGGAGGGAGUGUUGGAGCUGGGAGUGAUCUAGCAUCAGGGCACCCUGGAAUGGGAGCAGCCAUAGACACCAGAUGGCCAGGGUCCAAGAUCAGGGCCAUGGGAGACACGGGGAAGGGAACUUGGCCUCCCUGAGCCUUUCCUUGACCCUGCAGGAGGUGUCAUCUGUGAGGGCCACCCAUAAGAUGGACCCGCAGGGAGCCCAGGAGAGGCAGCAGCAGCAGGGUGUCGUCCCCUUCUUGGGCAUGUUCCUCUAUCACCUGAAGCUGCUGGACAUUGGGAUGGCGGAUGAUCUGGAAGGAAGUCGGGUCAACUUCCAGAAAUGGUGUGAGAAAUUCAAAGUCAUCCGUAGGAUCCAGCUGCUCCAGCAGGCUGCAAAUGCAUAUGACCUGGAGCCCGACGAGCGAUUUGGGGCCUGGUUCCAGGCCAUGGAGCCCAUCAGUGUCCAUGAGAGCUACUGGGUCUCCUGCCGGCUGGAGCCCGCACACCAGAAGGCGAGCAAAAUGCGGCUCUUCAGGAGAAAGAGGAACCGGACAUCCUCCAGUUUAGGGCCGACCACCGUGCCCUUGGCGAUGAGCCAUAACCCUCUGGAGACCACAAGUUCAGCUCCUCCUGAGCAGCAGGGCCACUGGGACCCUCGGGGUGCACCGGGUCAGCUCUUCCCCCCCCACCCCAAGUAAAGGAGGACAUCUGAAGACUUUCCCUGGUUUCCCCUAAAGCCCCAGAUGGAGGGCACGACCCCCCUCCAAAUCCCUGACAUCUCCACCCCAGGGACUGUUUAUCCAUUGAGGAGGAGCAUUAGUAUAUGUUUAAGAGUAAAUAUCAGAUUUGAAUGUUGCAGUAAGUUCUGUUUCUGUCACA